GUUCAAGAAUAUUAUCAGUCUAAAAUAGUACUUCAUCAGCUUAUAAACAAAUUAUUAAAUAAUUUUUAUAUCAACAAUGAAUUUUCAAAAAAUAUUUUUAUUCGUUGCCUUCGUUGUUUUCGCUUUCAGUAUGGGAGCUGAAGCCGGUUGGCUUAAAAAAAUCGGCAAAAAAAUUGAACGAGUCGGUCAACACACAAGAGACGCCACAAUCCAAACCAUAGGAGUGGCUCAACAGGCAGCAAAUGUAGCAGCGACUUUAAAAGGAUAAAGUAUAUAGAUGAUCUUGAAGCUUAUAAUUAAUGGAGUCACUUAGUUCUUAUUUUAAUAUUAGAAUUAUUAAUAACAAUGCAAUUAUUAAUUAAUUAAU